UCCUCCUUUUUGUUUAUGGGUUUGUGAAAAAGAAAAAAAGACGAGGAGUUCAGGUUUUCUAUGGCUUCUCAUAGCUAUCCAAUUCAUGGUUUUAGUGUUCAAGGAAUCACCAAGAAGAGCCGAGCUUAUCUGGUGAAUUCUGGAGUAAGAAGACAAGAGAGCAUAAUACCUGAAAACUCUUUUGACCUGAAGAUACAACACUUGGGGGAGCCGCCGUGUAAAGCUUUUUCUUCUUUGAGAAACUGUAAUCACUUUAUGGAGUCUGACUCCAACAUGUUGAAGCACAGGCUCUUAGAUGUUCAUGAGACAAGACAAGAGGAGGUAGUUGAGUUCCUUUUAUCUACUACAGAAGACGAACUCAAAGAAAGAGGUGCUAAAAUGUCUCUGUUAUCUAACUUGAAUCAAGAACAGAUGAAGCCUCUUCUGGAUGUCAUGAUUCAUAAUCAAGAAUUCUCCAUUAACCCAGAUGCUCAAAUCCUCUUCUCAAGUAGCAGAUCUGAGUUGAACGAUAUGGUCUCCAUUGCAGCCAAGUUGAAUAAGUCAGAUAGAUGGAGAAAGCUCUCACUGCUUGUACCUCAAUCUCAGAGAUUGGACAGUGAGGUACUCAUAGAGACUCUGCAACCAGACGAGGUUAAUCUCGAUGCAGUUACUACACUAGCUCCUCAGAAAACUAAGGCCAAGCAGCCUUCACGAAAGAAACAUAAUCCGAAGCUGAGAGAUAGAGAGAAUGAUCUCUACAAAAGAAACCAUCUCCAUGCGUGUGAGAGCCUCAUCUCUUUGAUGAUAGGCAGUGAACAACAUAGACAAACCACAAUGCUAUCUCUUAAGAAAUCAUCAUCACGUGGAGAAGACCUCUCUGAGCUUUUGACUCAGCUGUCAAUAGGCUUUGCUGGAAGUGGCAUCGCCGUGUUCUUCUCUGUGGUCUGUAGUGCUGCUUCCGGGCGAGUGCCCUUUUGUGCUAACAAGGUCUUCGACGCUGGCCUUAGUUUAAGUUUGGUAUUGCUCUCGUGGGCGGUGAGUAGGCUCAGGGAAGCCAUAGUUGGUAUCAAUAGGAAAGCGAUCAAAGGCGAAGAAACAACAAAUAGAGUUGAGAGAAGAAUCAAGGAUGUUUACUUCAGAGCUGCAACAGUUAUCGUUAUGGUAGCACUUAGGUUUCAUUGAAUGUGAAAUUUGGAUUCAAAUCAAAUGUUCGCA